AUGUGGAAUGGCAAGAUCGGGAUGUGGCCGUUCGUGUCCGAGGUCCCUGUUCAACGAACCAACAAGAACGGACAUCGUGGGACCAUAGCCACGUCCCCAAUCAUAGUGACGAAGCCUGUGUACCGCGUUUUUCUCGUCAACAAUGACAAUGCGCGCCCACAUAUUCAAGUUGACGACUUGGCAGUGCCUACUGCUGCUACCACUGGCGGCUGGAGAAUCCAACUUGUCGCCCAGCCAGCCAUGAGUCCCGACUUCAAUGUGCUCAACCUAGGGCUCUUCAAUUCAAUCCAAGCACUGCAGCAUCGCCAGGUGGUCACCUGCAUCGACGAUCUCGUUGCAGCCGUUCAUGCGGCCUUCGAUGAGCUGGACUUUUGUACUUUGGACAAGACGUUCGUGACUCUUCAAAAGGUCAUGGAAGAGUCUUUGAAGGUCGGUGGAGACAUAACGUACAAGUUGCCACGUUUGCACAAGGACAGGCUUGCAAAACAGGGAUUGCUGACAUCUCAAUUGGCGUAUGACUCAGACGUUUAUGUGCCAUCGAAGCGAUGA